AUGCAAGGCAGUACAACAGCAGCUAUUGACAUUACACACCCACUGAAGUGCACGUUAAUCGACUGGAUACAUUUACACGACCACGUGGAAUAUGUGAUAGAAGUGAACAAUCAAUUGGGAAUCGGAAAGUCGUGGCGUAUCCAGCGACGUUACGCACAGUUUCGGAAGUUGAAUUCACAUAUUAAAAAGAUUGGUGCUGAUUUAGGAUUUCCUCCGAAAAAGUUCAUUGGAAAUGCGAAGGAAACAUUCAUCAAACAACGUAUGCUGGCGCUGCAGGAAUUUUUGGAUGCCAUCUGCCUACAUGCGAUCUUGUAUGCAUGCCCAGCAGUAGCCAAUUUCCUUGAAAGUUUCACCGAAACUAAUGUUGGUUUGCAUGAGUGGAUACUUUUGUCGUUCCGCGAUAAACGCCAAUGGAUCAUGGAGCAACAAAGAAAACAUUGUGGUUGGCGACCUGGUAAAAUACACUAUGAGAUUAGAUGUGGUUUUUCAAAGCUAAUGCUAUCUGGUGUCCGUUAUGGUCCAGAUCGUUUCGGAACAGUGAUGGAUCUUAACAAUGCCCUUGAAUUCUUUCGGACGCUGCAAUGUCCACAUUUAAAUGAAAGUGUAACGAGCUGGGCCACUGAUGGCGGAAUUGUAUAUAUUAGACCAAUUUUCAAGGAAGGAACAUUACGUGACCGGCUUUAUAAGAGUAACUGGAAGGACGACUUUUUUACAAAAUACAGAAUGGAUAAUUCUAUUUACUCAUUUGAAACGUAUGAUAUUCUCUUAAUCUGUCGACAGUUGCUCGAAACGUUGACGUUAUUAAACGCGAUUUCUGUGCCAUGUUUCGACAUUCAUGCAGGAAAUGUUGUUAUCACAGAACAUGGUUGCGAGCUGAUUGAUUUUGAUCAAGUCCUAACUGGGCAACCAAGUUUCCGACGUUCUUCAAUGUUGUGUUCUCAAGCUAUUAAUACGCUCGAGGAUAUGUUUGUAUUUACAUUUUGUGAAUUUCUAUUUGAACUAAUUACGGGCUUUCUUACGUUCCCUAUGCGCUCAGCAAGUGAAGCGGUUGCCAUUGUACCAGCUCCAUUUCAGCCUUUACUGAAUUCAGUAUUCUUGCCAGAAGUUCGUUGUUUGCCAAGAUUGCAAGACAUAAUUAAUUCAAGUUUAUUUGUUGAUGUCCCGGUAGCAAAAAUGAAACAAAGAGAGAUUCGAAUGCCAAGUCAUGUAAAGGAAGUUCUCGAUGGCCUUUGCAGUAAUAUAUUGGAGAGAUAUAAAAGGGAUCGCUACCAGUUUAAUAACAUCAAGAAACAACGAAAAUUUGAACAGCUACUCAACUCUGAAACAGAAAAGUUGCGGCGAAAGGAAAUAAUUAAAAAACAACUGAAGUCACAAAUCGUUGGAGAAAGAAGCUGUUAA